UGGACUUUCACAGCUAGGACAAUAUGGCAGCAGGAGGUGAACGAUCAUGAAAUGUGAUAUGGGAAAUGAGGUCAAAGAAAUCUGAUUGGCAGAGAAGACAUAAUUAUUCAUGACACAGUCCUUAUUUAAGGAAAACCAAAAGCCCACGGACCCUUCUUCCAUGUUAGACUGGAUAACCUAUGACUCUCUGGACAGCUGUCCCCAAAGGAGUUUAAUGUCUGUACUUAGAGCAGAAUUUUAGGAGAUUUUUGUCACUUAUUUAUUAUUUUACACAACUGUUUUUUUUCACCAUUUUGAGCAAUCACAGUAGAAAGGAAAGCGUCUGAAGUCCAGAAGGAGGGAGCGAUGGCAUUGACGCAAAGAACAUUUGAAACUGUAAAAGGAGUGGUUGCAUCUGUUCGCGGUACGGCUACAGUUGGCGAAAAAAUGGCUUUCUAUGACACCUGGGCAGGGAACUAUGAUCAGGACGUGGCGGUUCUGGACUACCACGCAGCAAGUCAAGCAGCAAGCGUCAUCUCCUCCCAUUUCAGUGGUGACCGUGAAGCAGCUGUUGUACUGGACGUGGCUUGUGGCACAGGACUGGUGGCAAAGCAGAUGAAACUCGAUGGUUUUAGACAUUUUGUGGGCAUUGAUGGAAGCAAGGCUAUGCUGGACGUGGCCCAAGAGAAAGAGUUGUACCAAGACCUCAAACAAUGCAUUUUGGGAGAACAACUGCUACCUGCCAAAACAGGAUCAUUUGAUUUGGUUGUGAUCUGUGGGGCACUGAGUGUGGAUCACGUUCCUUUACGUGUAGUCAGAGAGUUGUGCAGCGCCUGUAAACCAGGUGGCUACGUUUGUAUGACGUGCAGACAUGGCCAUGACAAUCUGCCAUACAAAGCUGCCCUGGAGCGUGAGCUGAAGCAAAUGGAGGAAGAGGGGCUCUGGAGCUGUGUAGCUGUCACUGAGGUGGAAAACUGGGCAAGAGAAGUGUCGGGGGCGGAGGGCAGCUACAUAUCUGGUUCUGUUUACCUCUACAAGAAACUGUAGCACCACACAGAUGUGACAUCAUGUGCUACAAUAAAACACGCAAGGUGACUUUUUUUGACAUUGUUGUUGAUAAUGUUGAGCCUGUCACAUUGUGACAAUUGUGCUUCCCCUUCUGUGAAGUCCAAGAGGAAAAUAACAUAAUGCGGUGUGUGAUACAGCAUUUAAAAA